AUGAGAGAGUUUGUUGAGUUCAAUAGUAACAAUGGUUGUUUGGAGACGGUUUCCAUUGCUAAAGUCUUCACGGGACAAGCUCUGGAUGAUGGAUACAUCGCUACUACAGAAGACAGCUACUCAGCUCCCAUGUCAGUAGCUGGAGACAAAUAUACACUCAGCAUUCUGGAUUUAUCAGGACAGCAUGACUACGACAAAGUCAGAAGACAGGAUUACAGAAGCAAUGACAUUUUUGUCGUCUGCUUUAGCGCCGUGGAUCGGGAAUCUUUGGAGAGCGUUCAGGAUUUCUGGAUCCCAGAGAUCCGGCAGAUCGACAGGAAACGUCCCAUUAUUCUGGUGGCGACUCAGACCGAUCUAAGAAAGGAGGAUUCUGAUCACAUCACUGCCGAAGAGGGUCGACAUCUUGCUAAGCAGAUCGGAGCGUUCAGUUACCUAGUGCUAAGUUACACAGAAAUGUGUCACAAAAUGUCUUAG